UUGUUUCCCUGCUUUAAUAAGAAUUAUAAAAAUAAGUCGUUCACAGAAUAAUGAAAUUCUUAUUCUAUUAUAACAUUAUACGAGGGCAAUUUUCACAUUACUUUACCGAGACUCGAGCAAGUGGGAACAGCUUAAAAGACACGUAAGAACCAAAACAAAACAAUUUGUUGACACAAAAACAAAAUGGAAUCGGAAGUUGCGGCAUCUGAGCUUCUCUCUAAGGAACAAAUUAUUAGUAUAUUAAACGAUACGCCAGCGGGAUUCAUUAAGCCCACGGUACCGCCCUCACCAAGACUGCCUCCUUUCAAAAAACAAGGAGUUCUCGUGGAAAUUGAUGAAAUCGUGGGCGAGCAGCAGGAUGAGGCGGUAAAGCCCCGUGAUAAGGAGCAAUCCUAUACCUGCGCGGAAUGUCGAAGGAUUUUACCCACGGCCCAUUUGUUGGAUUUGCACAUCACCGAGCAGCAUGAUUGUUAUUUUGCCGCCAGCGUGGAUCGAGGUGAUAAGCCGAUGUUUUCCUGCUUUCUGGAUGAGUGCACCACCAAGUUCCACACUCCCAGACAACGCAAGGACCACUGUAUUACCGUACACAAGUUUCCGGCCAACUAUCGCUUCGAUCACGGCAAGAAUAAAGCCAAGGAAAAGCAUCAACCCAAAAGUAAAUCCAACUCCAUGGAGGUGGACGAGCUGCCGGUAGAAGCCAAAACUUUGCCCUAUAUCAAGGCCUUUAGUUUUGGCCAUCAAACGCAUAGGACUUUCUAUACUCGCAAAGAUCAAAAAUCUGGCGAAACUCUCGAUGAUGUCCAAUCGAUGAAAGAUGCCAUCAACGAUAUCCUGGAUUAGAUUUUUAAAACUAUUUAUUUUGCGAAUGAAGCAGCAUUAUCAUUAUCCUGGUACAACUAUAUUAGUCUGUUAGCGGAAACAUCGAAGAUCAUUUUGCCUUGCCGCUGGGCCUGUAAAUAAAAUGGAAAUUAAA